AUGACCGCGACGGAAGAUUUCGAAUUGUAUCAGUUCAGCUCAAUACAGAUUCAAUUUGCAAGUAACCAAAAUGUCUGGAGGAAAGUAUGUUCGUGCCCCGGUUACAAGGAUAACUCGGAAUAUAACGAUUAUCUUAUCGACGACAUGUGGGCUGACGAGUCAGAUAUCGAAGGACAGGAAGAAAGACAAGAUGAUUACAGUGGUGGAGAUAGCGACGACAGCUCUGGCUUCGGCGGUGUAUACGACAACGUUGAGGAAUCAACUGCUGAGGCGGCCGAUGAAGAAAAAGCAGUCAAUAUCGACGGAAAUAAGGACUACUCUCACCAAAUAAAACAAAUGCAAGCCACUCUGGACCAACUAGUGCAAGCCAUGGGUUCCAAUCAACCAAUGUGGGGAUCUAACACGGUGCCUCGUCAGACUGAAGACAGCUGGAAUACUGGAAACGUUAACGUUGGAGCUACGACUAGCACAGCUAGUAUCCGCUGGGAAAACAUACAGCCGUUUCCCAAUGACGUUCCGGCAAACAGGAUGUGGGAGCAGUGGAGUCGCUUCAUCGAUCGGUUCGAAAUUGCUGUUUCCCUCUCCAAUAUCAAUGAUCCAGUCAAACGGGCUCAAAUGCUUUAUUUGUCAAUGGGAGAAAAGUUACAAGGAAUAGCCCGGGCGGCUAGACUACGGCCGAGCCUUCAAGAACCUGACUGUUACGGCAUUUUCGUGGGUAACAUCGAAAGUUACCUUCGUUCUAUGGUAGACGUCACAGCCGAACAUGAAACGUUCACCAACCUGAAGCAGGAAUCAAACGAACCAACGAUUGCAUUCCAUGCUCGGCUGAUGGAAACAGUUCGUCUAUGCGGUUAUAGUAGCGAAGAUCAGGACCGGUUUGUACGGGCGCAACUAUUGAAAGGAAAGCGGAACAAAGAUUUGGUAAAAACUGCUGGCUAUGAGACCCUUUUCGUUGUACAAUCUGCUACCCGCGAGGAGGCAUACACUGCUGAAACGGCACAAUCGGAUCCCAAUCAAGCAUUCGCAGUAGCCCAGCAUCAUGUCCGAGCACCUGGAAAAUCACAGCAAUGGAAGCGAAAGAACGAAGAAGCGGAUGAUAGGUGGAUCGACUCGAAAAGACGCGCGAUGGUCGAACGCAGGAACCGAGGAAUGGGACGUCGAUCACGGUGCCCUAAGUGUAACCGUCUUUUUCACAAAUUCGGAUCAUGCCCGGCAAUCAACGUUAACUGCAACACUUGCGGUGAACGGGGACAUUUUGCUAUAGUAUGUCGAAGGAAAAUUGCCAACCAGUUACGCGCGGAGCGGGAUAAUUCACCAGGCUGGAAAAUGGAUGAAAACGACGAAAAGGAAAUAAACGCAAUUUCGUUGGCAGACACUUUAAUACAUUGCCAUGUAGGAAAGUCAAAACCGAUUCGUUUUAUGAUUGAUUCCGGGGCGGAUGUCAACACGAUAGGUGGAGAUGACUGGAUAAACCUCAAACGUGAAUUUCUGUCAGGAAGCGCUAUGCUGGAGCCCAUUAAAAUGACAAAUGAUGGUGGCAUUUGCUCGUAUGCCUCUGCAAAACCCAUCUCUGUAAAGGGUGCUUUUAAAGCUAUAAUUGAGGUAGUAGGACACAGCAAGCCUUCGAUACUAGCGGUGUUUUAUGUCGUUGAUCAAGGAUCCCGUUCGCUGUUAGGCCGCUCCACGGCUAGCGACUUAAGGCUGCUUAAAGUUGGUCUAAGCGUCAAUAGCUGCGAAAAAACGUUCCCCAAAGUUCCAGGAGUCCGGGUUAAAUUCAGUGUUGAUCCAUCCGUACCUCCGGCAAAAAAUGCGUAUUACAAUGUACCAGCAGCGUACAGAGAGAGCGCAAGAGCUCGGCUUUCAGAGAUGGAAAAUCAAGGGAUCAUCGAACGUGUGACAUCGGCCCCCGACUGGAUCAGCGGCAUGUCGGCAGUGGCUAAAGGAAAAAACGAUUUCCGACUUGUCGUUAAUAUGAAGGCACCGAACCGUGCAAUCAAAAGAGAGUACUAUCGCUUACCAUCAUUGGACGAAAUGAGAACCAAACUCCACGGGGCAAAGUACUUUACGAAGCUUGAUUUGUCCAAUGCGUUUUACCAUUUGGAGCUCCACGAACAAUCCAGGGACCUCACCACUUUCUUGACUGAAAAUGGCAUGUUUCGGUUCACGCGCCUGAUGUUCGGAGUGAACUGCGCCCCGGAAAUCUUCCAGCGGGAGAUGUCAAGACUACUCUUAGGAGAGGAGAACGUCAUAGUGUAUAUUGACGACAUCCUUAUGUCAAGAGAGGAUUCUAAGCGAGCGUUGAACAGGGCAGAUGGAUGGGCGCUUAGACUCAGCCCUUAUAGUUUUGACGUACAGUAUGUAAGAGGACGUGAAAAUAUAGCUGAUCCUUCUUCGCGGCUGUAUGAAGGCGUGGAUGACCCGUUCGAAGACGGUGUUAACCCUUGGGAACUUGCUUCCCUGGAAGUGAACAAAAUCGAUUUUUUAACCGAGAAGGAUAUUGCAAACGCCACUGUCAAAGAUAAACAGCUUACCGAGGUAAUAGAUGCCGUGGAAACGGGCGUUUGGCCGAAGCACUUGAAGCAGUUUCAGGUGCUAGGGAAUGAUUUAACCACACGAGAAGGACUGUUGAUUAAAACGGGUUGCGCGGUCAUACCUGAGAGUAUCCGACAGGAAACUUUGGCGGUAGCUCAUUCAGGCCAUCCAUCGACUGCAAAGUUUAAGAGUAUUCUCAGAGAACGUGUAUGGUGGCCUGGAAUGACGAAGGACGCUGAAGCUUGGGUAACAUCUUGUGUUGUUUGUGCAACUAACGGAAGGCCCGAACGGCCAACACCCAUGACUCGUGUGUUUGCCCCACAAACUGUAUGGGAGACCAUUGGCAUAGAUUUCAAUGGUCCCUAUAACAAAUUUGGCGGAGUUUCUAUUCUAGUUUUAGUGGACUAUCGUUCACGAUACGUUAUCGCUAAGCCCGUGAGAUCGACAAGUUUCGCGCAUACCCGAAAAAUCUUGGACGAAAUUUUUGAAAAGGAAGGCUAUCCUCAGACUAUAAAAUCGGAUAAUGGGCCUCCAUUUAACGGAGAUGAAUAUAAGAUGUACUGCUCAGAGCGUGGCAUCAAUGCAACUUUCUCCACGCCGUUAUAUCCCCAACAGAACGGGUUGGCUGAGAGUUGCAUGAAGUUGGUGAAUAAAGCAAUGAGUGCCGCUUCUGCUAGUGGAACACCCUAUGAAAAUGAACUAAGUGCAGCCGUCCAAGCGUAUAACGCAGCUACUCACUCCGUUAUCGGAGUACCACCGGAAGAGGUGAUGACGGGUCGGAAAAUAAGGCGUAGACUACCGCUUCUAUGCCGUGGAAAGGCUAAUUUCGAUGAUAACCUGCUUAAUGCUAAAGAUCUGAAGUCGAAAACAGAGGCUAAGCAGCGAGAAGAUGCGAAACGAGGGGCUCGACAAUGUCGAAUCAGACCAGGGGACACCGUUGUUGUAGAACGUCAGCCUCGGAUGAAAGCGGAAUCACGGUUUGACCCUCGAAAGUACACAGUGACGAAAGAAGAAAAUGGAAUGCUUGUUUUGUGUGACGAAAGCGGUCAGAUCAUUAAAAGGCACGUGUCACAGACCAAGCGAGUUUUUAAUUGGAGGAACGAAGACGGGAUAAGCCAAACAGUUGAUCAUAACCGUGGUAGUGCUGAUCCGGAAAUAUUUGCUCCGUUGGUAAAGAGAACGCAACGUGAAAACAGAAAACGUUGUGUCUGA